UUCGUUCAGUGCAGAAGAGCAGUCGACAUCUUUGAGAGCGAGCGUAUUCCUUUAUGUUAUGAUUGUUUUCUUGAUUUGAAAAAUAAGUAAUCCCCCGAUUAAUAAAUAUCGAAACGUACGAGACAACUGGAGGUUAUCCGGAUUCAACUUGUUUUGCGUAAACCGCGUUUUGGUCUUUUUUAAAGAUGGGCAGUCAGUACCAGCGCUCAGUACCACUAGAGGUGAGGAGGGCAGAGGGAGAGAGAGUCCGGGCCAAGCAUCCUGACAAGAUACCGAUCAUUGUGGAGAGGGGCCCAAGGUCACGAGCCCCUGAACUGGACAAGAAGAAAUAUCUAGUGCCGUCAGAUUUAACAGUGGGGCAAUUAUGCUUCCUGGUCCGUCAGCGUAUGUCUUUGAGACCAGAGGAGGCGCUCUUCUUCUUCGUCAACAACUCCCUUCCCCCAUCCAGCUUUCCUCUCUCUGCUGUAUAUGAGGAGCACCAUGAAGAAGACUUAUUCCUCUACAUGACUUACAGCAAUGAGAGCGUGUACGGUGCCUAAGACGACAAAAGACUGGAGAAAGACUUGGAGAGAGAACGAAAGGAGAGAAAGAAAGUCUGAAGAGUUAAGGUUGCUUGUAAUGCUUUGCACCACUUCAAUUCUUUUUUUGUUUUAACUAGUUUUGAUAAGUAACUACAGUACUUGGUGGAAAAAAAAACUUUGUAGGCAGAAGGGGUUGCUGGGAGGGUUUUACCUUUUGACAGUAUUCCAAGGGGAGCAUGUUGUAUUUUAGUACACUUUGGAUUACCAACUUGGUUCAUAAAAGGCUUAAAGCACGACUGCAUUGAAAAAGGAAGGUGUUGAAAUAAUUUGAGAGAACUCUCAUUAUCUUUCUCAGUCAUCUGUAUUUAAUGCAAAUAGUAUUGUUUUUGUUUUUGUAAAUUAUCAUAAACCUUUUGUGAAAAAUAAAGAAUGCAAAAAUUCAAA